AGGACCCGGAACUGGAAAGCUGGCUGACUAGCUAAUCAGUCGGUGUCAUUCAAAUACACCAGCUAGUUCAAUAAGGUCGGACUGUUGUCAGAAUGGCGAUGGCGUAUAUUCUAGUAAGGCGUUUCAGCAGGGUUUUCCAAUUAAAUGUCCAAAGACAAGAUAUUAUGUUUUCAGGAGUGAGACACAAGUCUACAGUGCAUUAUGCUACACGCCCAGACUUGCCGAAACUGGCUUAUAGAAAAGUGAAGGGGAAGAGCCCAGGGGUAGUGUUCUUGCCGGGGUUUGCCUCAAACAUGGGUGGGAAGAAAGCAGAAGCCCUUGAGGAGUUCUGCCAGUCACUAGGCCACUCUUACCUAAGGUUUGACUAUACAGGCUGUGGGUCUUCUGAAGGUGAAAUAGUAGAUGGCACUGUUGGCACUUGGAAGAGGGAUGUUCUAUAUGUAUUGGAUGAGCUUGUGGAGGGGCCACAAAUUCUGGUUGGCUCCAGUAUGGGCGGCUGGCUGAUGUGCCUGGCAGCUAUAGCUCGUCCAGAAAGAACUGCCGCCAUGGUUGGCAUCUCUACAGCAGCUGACCACUUUGUAACUGUCUACAAUACACUUCCUAUUGAGGUGAGGAAGGAGAUUGAAGAGAAGGGGCAGUGGGUGGUUCCUACCAAACACAAUGAGGAGGGCUCCAUCACGUUCACCACAGAGUUCUUGAAGGAGGCAGAGCAGCACUGCGUUCUGCAGAGCCCCAUUCCAGUGACUUGCCCGGUGAGGCUCAUCCAUGGGAUGAAGGACCAGGAUGUGCCUUGGCAUGUCUCCAUGCAGCUAGCUGAGCGUGUGCUUAGCAAUGACGUUGAUGUCAUCUUGCGCAAGCAUGGCCAGCACCGCAUGGCAGAAAAGGAGGACAUCAAGCUCAUAGUCUACACCAUCGAUGACCUCAUAGACAAGCUGACCACGUUGGUUUGAGUGACCAAAUCAGGACAAUGCUGUGGGUGACUCCUACCACCCCGACCCCAACUUUUCCGCACUCAGGCCGUUUGGUUCCCAAUGCGUUACAUAAUCGAAGGUGCUAUUGUACCAAACACACACUGUGAAGAAAAUGAACUCUUGUGUUUUCUCCCGGCUCUCUCCAUGCCUUUUUAUUAGGAUUUGUAUUUACCAUUGCCAUGACGCUUUGUUCCCACGACUACCAAACUUCUUGGGCCUGCUGUGAACAGUUUUGAUUUAUUCCCACAAUGUGGUCUGAUAGUUAUUCCGUUAAACCUUCAAUGAGUAGGGAUCACUCCUAUUAGAGUAGCCCAUCAGGUACAGAUGCAUUAUGUCCAUUUGUGAGACAUUUUAAUUUAUCCACUGUCAAUUUUAUUCAAACAAGUGUGAUGUGCCUUUUGUUAUAUUUAUGCAUGUACUCUUAAAGACCAAUAGGAGGCAGCAAAUAUCAGCACAGUAUUUUAGGCACUUCACCAUGUAUUUGUAUUAUUAUGAAUCCCCAUUAGCUGCUGCAGCUACUCUUCCUUGUGUUAAGGCAUUUAUACAAUGUCAGUUAUGGUGUGGCAGUUCUACUAUGUAACAUGUCUCCAGCAGAGGAAGGGGGGUGUUGUCUGGAACGAUCGGUUGAAAAAUAACUUUACUCAACUAAUGCUGACGUCUAUGCGUUGCCCAUUUCUUAUGCUGUCUGUAUUUGCUGUUUGGUUCAAAUGCUGACAGAACAUCUCUGUUUGUAUUGAUUUGUCCACGCCAUUUAAUUUUGCACAUAAGGUCAGAACAGAAUAUUGACUGUAUGACAACUCAUGUAGAACUGAGCAUUGUGUUAUAUUAAAGUGUAUUUUACCGUUUUGGUGUAAAAUAUUAUGGUGAGUGAUUUUAGUGCAGUCCAGAAUUAUAAUUUAUGUCAUUUCAACAGUCACUCUGGGUAACUUCUUAAUGUUGGCCCAGUUCAUGUUGGUUUUGUUGCAUGUAUUGGCCAUUCCAAAAUGACAAAGAUUUCAAAUAAUGAUUGAACAGUAGCAUGAGAUGGCCUGGUAUGUUUGACUGGUCUAAGACGCACAAGUAAUUAGGUGAAAAGCAUUGCUGUGUAGGAAGCUCAUGUUUUAGUAUAGUCAACAUUCUGAUUUAACUAGAUAAAAUGCCAUGUGUGGCUACUACGUCAAACAGUGAUGGUAAGCUGUCAUUAGUGUAAUGUGACCCCAGAUACACUGCCUAGCACAUUGUCUGCUAAAAGUGGUUAGGACUUGAUGUCAUUGGUUUCCAACAUACACUGCAUGACUGAAAGUAUGUGGACACCUGCUUGUCGAACAUCUCAUUCCAAAAUCAUGGACAUGAAUAUGGAGUUGCCCCCCCCCCCCCUUUGCUGCUACAACAGCCUCCACUCUUUUGGGAAGGCUUUCCACUAGAUGUUGAAACAUUGCUGCAGGGACUUGCUUACAUUCAGCCACAAGCAUUAGUGCGGUCGGGUACCGAUAAGCAAUUAGGCCUGGCUUGCAGUUUACGGUCCAAUUUAUCCCAAAGUGUUCGAUGGGGUUGAGGUCAGGGCUCUGUGCAGGACAGUCAAGUUAAUACACACCAAUCUCGCCAAACCAUUUCUGUCUGGACCGCACUUUGUGCACUGUCAUUGUUGUGCUGAAACAGGAAGGGCCUUUCUCCAAACAGCCAGUUGUGAAGUGUGGUUCAUCACUCCAGAGAACGCAUUUCCACUGCUCCAGAGUCCAAUGGCGGCGAGCUUUACACCACUCCAGCCGACGCUUGGCAUUGCACAUGGUGAUCUUAGGUUUGUGUGCGGCUGCUCGGCCAUAGAAACCUAUUUCACGAAGCUCCCGUCUAACAGUUCUUCUGCUGAUGCUUCCAGAGGCAGUUUGGAACUUGUUAAUGAGUGUUGCAACCGAGGACACAUGAUUUUUACGUGCUUCAGCACUCGGUCCCAUUCUGUAAGCUUGUGUGGCCUACCAAUUCGCAGCUGAGCCAUUGUUGCUCCUAGACAUUUCCACUUCACAAUAACAUCACUUGCAGUUCACCGGGGCAGCUCUAACAGGGAAGAAAUCUGACCAACUGACUUGUAAAGGUGGCUGCCUAUGACAGUGCCACGUUGAAAGUCACUGAGCUAUUCAGUAAGGCCAUUCUACUGCCAAUGUUUGUUUAUGGAGAUUGCAUGGCUGUGUGCACAAUCUUUAUGCACUUGUCUGCAACGGUUGUGGCUGAAAUAGCUGAAUCCACAAAUUUGAAGUGGUAUCCUCGUACACUAUAAAUACAAAAGUAUCACAACCCCUAUCUGGAAUGUUUCAUCUUGUGAAAUAAGUUUGUAUUCGACAUGUUCUAUAUCACAGUUAAAUGUUUCUAGGUGAUAGUACUAUGUUGCAGAAUUGAUGGGCUAGCUCACUGUAUAGUGAUGCUAACAAUGCAUCAGAAGCUGACGCCGAUAAGAAAAGUACCAGAACUUAUGGAUGGACAUUUUAGGAUGGGCCUAACACAUUCGUUUCCACAUUUUCACUUGUUUAUUUCUCUCAUACUGUACAUCAGGUAGGCCUCUUUUUUCUUUUCUUAAAUGAGCCAUUUCCAAACAUGUAUAGUGUCUUGUUUCUGAUAUAUAUUAUACAUACACACACACACUGCUUUCCUUAAUAAAAGCUCAAUGUUGAC